AUGUCUAUUCCAGUCCACACCACCGCACCUGGCUCCCGCACGAGCUACAUUCUUCCUCAGCUGGCGGGUGAAAAGAUCACCUUUCCAGGUUGGAAGGGCGUCUUCCGUAUUCUCGCUUCUUCAAAGCAGACAAAUGGUGGUCUCGCUGUCUUAGCUGGCGGUUCAGUUAUGUCUGAUCCGCCAGGUUUCCAUUGGCACGAGGAAGCUCAUGAUGUGUUUCUGGUGAUCAAGGGCUUUCUGAAGGUAUGGGCCGGUGAUAAGUGCCGCAUUCUAGGUCCAGGUGACUUUGCCUACGUGCCGCCGAAAGUCAUCCACAAUCCCCAGUGGCUUGGUCCUCACAGCGAAACGUUUAACCUUGUGGCACCAGGUGACUGGGUCGACUUCUUUCGCUUCUCCGGCAUCGAGUUCGAUGGCCUGGUGCUCCCAGAACAGUCGGAGAGGGACUAA